AUGCGCAUGUUAGAAGGAUCCAACGACGUCGAUGAGAUAACCCAUCCGGUGCUUAACGAGGUUCACGAGUUGUCGAUCGACAGCGAUUUCCUUCUCAUUGUGCUGAAAAAGUCACUGCUGCGGAGGAAGGGCUUGAAGGUCGUGCUUAUGUCGGCCACAGUCGACCCUGAGCGCUUCUCCAAAUACCUUGGCGGCGCUCCCGUCCUGACUGUCCCGGGACGGACUUUCCCCGUCCGCGUCGCAUACCUUGAGGAUGCCAUCAAGCUGACAGGCUACACGGUCGAUCAGCGCAACCAAGAGGAGCUGACCGAGCUAGAUGACGAUAUCGAGCCGGAGUAUUCCGCACGGAUCCGAAACACGCUCGCUCAGAUGGACCAGUACCGGAUCGAAUAUGACCUGAUCGUCCAGCUUAUUUCGAAGAUUGCCGUGGACCCCGACUAUGUUUCCUACAGAAAAGCUAUUCUGGUAUUCUAG